UCUAUGUUGCACAACAGGUGGAAAUGCAUGUAGAAAGAUACGUUGUCUGAACGGAGGUGUUUGCCGAUCUAGAGGUUCAAAGGGGAGAUGUUACUGCAAAGCUCAGUUCCGAGGCAAGAGGUGUCAAAAGAGAGGAGGAGGCAGGAAUCCAUGUAGGAGAGUACGUUGUCGCAAUGGAGGUACAUGCAGAUACAGCGGUAAAAGAUGGAAAUGUUUCUGUAAACGUGGAUUCAGAGGCAGCAAAUGUCGAAAACCAGUGGAAAUGCAUGUAGAAAGAUACGUUGUCUGAACGGAGGUGUUUGCCGAUCUAGAGGUUCAAAGGGGAGAUGUUACUGCAAAGCUCAGUUCCGAGGCAAGAGGUGUCAAAAGAGAGGAGGAGGCAGGAAUCCAUGUAGGAGAGUACGUUGUCGCAAUGGAGGUACAUGCAGAUACAGCGGUAAAAGAUGGAAAUGUUUCUGUAAACGUGGAUUCAGAGGCAGCAAAUGUCGAAAACCAGUGGAAAUGCAUGUAGAAAGAUACGUUGUCUGAACGGAGGUGUUUGCCGAUCUAGAGGUUCAAAGGGGAGAUGUUACUGCAAAGCUCAGUUCCGAGGCAAGAGGUGUCAAAAGAGAGGAGGAGGCAGGAAUCCAUGUAGGAGAGUACGUUGUCGCAAUGGAGGUACAUGCAGAUACAGCGGUAAAAGAUGGAAAUGUUUCUGUAAACGUGGAUUCAGAGGCAGCAAAUGUCGAAAACCAGUAGGUGGAAAUGCAUGUAGAAAGAUACGUUGUCUGAACGGAGGUGUUUGCCGAUCUAGAGGUUCAAAGGGGAGAUGUUACUGCAAAGCUCAGUUCCGAGGCAAGAGGUGUCAAAAGAGAGGAGGAGGCAGGAAUCCAUGUAGGAGAGUACGUUGUCGCAAUGGAGGUACAUGCAGAUACAGCGGUAAAGAUGGAAAUGUUUCUGUAAACGUGGAUUCAGAGGCAGCAAAUGUCGAAAACCAGUGGAAAUGCAUGUAGAAAGAUACGUUGUCUGAACGGAGGUGUUUGCCGAUCUAGAGGUUCAAAGGGGAGAUGUUACUGCAAAGCUCAGUUCCGAGGCAAGAGGUGUCAAAAGAGAGGAGGAGGCAGGAAUCCAUGUAGGAGAGUACGUUGUCGCAAUGGAGGUACAUGCAGAUACAGCGGUAAAAGAUGGAAAUGUUUCUGUAAACGUGGAUUCAGAGGCAGCAAAUGUCGAAAACCAGUAGGUGGAAAUGCAUGUAGAAAGAUACGUUGUCUGAACGGAGGUGUUUGCCGAUCUAGAGGUUCAAAGGGGAGAUGUUACUGCAAAGCUCAGUUCCGAGGCAAGAGGUGUCAAAAGAGAGGAGGAGGCAGGAAUCCAUGUAGGAGAGUACGUUGUCGCAAUGGAGGUACAUGCAGAUACAGCGGUAAAAGAUGGAAAUGUUUCUGUAAACGUGGAUUCAGAGGCAGCAAAUGUCGAAAACCAGUAGGUGGAAAUGCAUGUAGAAAGAUACGUUGUCUGAACGGAGGUGUUUGCCGAUCUAGAGGUUCAAAGGGGAGAUGUUACUGCAAAGCUCAGUUCCGAGGCAAGAGGUGUCAAAAGAGAGGAGGAGGCAGGAAUCCAUGUAGGAGAGUACGUUGUCGCAAUGGAGGUACAUGCAGAUACAGCGGUAAAAGAUGGAAAUGUUUCUGUAAACGUGGAUUCAGAGGCAGCAAAUGUCGAAAACCAGUAGGUGGAAAUGCAUGUAGAAAGAUACGUUGUCUGAACGGAGGUGUUUGCCGAUCUAGAGGUUCAAAGGGGAGAUGUUACUGCAAAGCUCAGUUCCGAGGCAAGAGGUGUCAAAAGAGAGGAGGAGGCAGGAAUCCAUGUAGGAGAGUACGUUGUCGCAAUGGAGGUACAUGCAGAUACAGCGGUAAAAGAUGGAAAUGUUUCUGUAAACGUGGAUUCAGAGGCAGCAAAUGUCGAAAACCAGUAGGUGGCUUUGGUCUGUGCAAUAGACGAUUGUGCCGCAAUGGUGGUACAUGCAAGCAGAUUGGUAAAAGCUUAAGAUGGGUAUGUCUAUGUCGACGUGGAUUCAGUGGCAUGAGAUGUGAAAGGAGAGUUGGGUGCCGCCAAAGGAAACUGGAUAUCCUGAUUGUUGAAGAUGUUUCUAACUCUAUCGGGACAUUUCAGUACAGCAGUGUAAAACGAUUCGAGCAGCAAAUGCUCAAAACAUUUGACAUAAGCUCUCAAACCAUUAAUGUUGCUUUCUUGGUAUUUUCCGUAAAUGCAAGAGUGGUAUUCCCACUAAAUGCCUACUCUAAUAACAAAAGAGGUGUUCUUGCAGCCGUGGAUUCGCAACGUAAUGAAGGUGGUGCAAGUACACAUAUUGGCGAAGCCGUCAAAUUGGCUAACACCGACGUGUUUACAAGAAGAAAUGGUGACCGUCCUGACGCUGACAAUAUGAUCAUUUUCUUUACCGACGCCGAAGGUACAUGCGAUGACAAAUUAGUUGUGGCUGCCAAUAUCGGUUACCUUCAGGCAAAAUCUGAAAUCUUCGUCGUCUUUACGAAGGAACACAUCGAGAGCCCUGGCAGAAAUAUCACUAUCAGUGCACUUGCCUCUGAUCCCGAUAAUAAACAUGCAUUCCACGUGGAUCAUCCUGAUUCUGUCGAUGCAAUCACGAAAAGCGUCAUUGCUUGUAAGGCACCUUGAGCGCCAUAGUUGUGUGAGACGUUGAUGGCUGUAAUCAGAUAAUGUCAGUGACAUGAAAAUAAAUAUUCCGCAUCUUA